GGAAACGAAACACAGCUAAUUAAGAGCUACGUGUGCCACGUGUGGCAAUCUAACAGAGAGACAUUUUACAUAUUGUGCACAUAUGCUAAUUGUUACAUCAUAAGUGGGUUGUUUAGUUAUGUACAAAAGAUGGCAAUUAUAACACAUGCCUACGUGAGAUUUUUAGAAGAUGAUGUUCGAAUGAUUGUUGAUAUCAAGGACAUUAAAAGAUUUCGUUGUAAGAAUGACCAAGAUUUCGACAAAACUCGCAUAUACAACGUUCUCUGGCGCCCGAAAAAGAAACCAGAAAAUGAAAACAAGAAUAGCGACGAAGAUUCUUCUGAAGAAGAUAAACCAGCAUUUUACAAGGCAAAUAUUCUUCUUUUAGGCACAAGUGAAGAAGAUGUUAACAAAAAGUUAAAAUUUUGUCGAAUAAAAUUGCCGAAUAAAAAAUUAAAAUACGAAGACAUUUAUUCUGAUGACGAAUUAUCUGAUGAUAGUGAUGAUAAUAACGCAAUAGAAAAAAAAAAAUCAAAAGCAGUAGUCUCCAAGAAAGCGGCAAAAGAAAUUAGCAAAACAAUAUUAAAAAAAAAUAAAUUAAAAUUAUGUAAUGAUAUUGUUUCAUCCGCCUCUGAAGAUGAAAAUCCUAAAAAAGAAAACAAGAAAUCUGAAGAAGAGAAUGAAACUUCUGCAUUGCUAAUUAAAAUGUGGGAACAAAAAUAUGCCGAUUUAGAAGAACAAUUUAAUCAUUUGAAAAUAGAAAUGAUGGCUUUAAAAGAUGAAAAUUAUCGAUACAAAGGUCUGAAUAUUAUUCUACAACAUUAUAGACUAUUUGGAAAUACACAAGUUUUAGGAAUAAAGUCUGUAAGUGACAUAGAAAUGGAUAAGACAAAGCCAGUGAAAGUAGAAAAUAUUUCAGGAAUAAAGUCUGUAACUGACAUAGAAAUAGAUAAGACAAAGCCAUCAGUAAAAAUAGAAAAUGAUAUUUCAGAUGAACCGGCAAUAUAUGUUAGUAAUGAUAUAAACGGAGAAAAAAUGGACAUUGAGUUAGUAAAAGAAGAAUUUGGUAAUGAAAAAAAAAUAGAAUUUCUUCCAAGAUAUACAAUUUUUAAAAUAACAAGAAAUGACACAAAGGUUAAUCGUAUACAUUUGGGUGAUGGUGUUGUUAUCGACCUAGACGUGUGGGAAAUGAUACAAACCAAAAGACAAGAUUCCAGAUUUGUUAAAGACUUGGCUAUAGCCAUUUGGGGACGGCAUGUAUUAAUAAACAGAUCGUUAGAUGGAAAAGGAGGGCAACGGCUGCCAAAUCAGGAAGAAAAAAGAAAAAUUUUAACACCAUCAAAACGUGAAGUUCUAAAAAAGUGUUUUGAAGAUAGAUUGCGAUCCCAAAAUGUAAAAGGGGAACAGUUUCACAAUACUUUAAAGAAAAUGGGAUGUUAUUUAACAGAAUUAAUUAAUGAUCUCAUUAAAAGAGAAAAAAAAGAAAUAGAAAAAAGGAAAAUGACCAAUGCGGACUAAAUUUUUAAUAUAAAAUCUGAAUAAAA